AGACGGACCUCAGCAGGGAGAGAGAAGAAAAGAGGGGGAGCGACUGAGAAAUAAAGAAAGGAAGAAAAGAGAGAGAGAGUUUUGGAAAGAGAGGAGUGACUGGAAGGUGAAAAAAAUGCAACAACUCCAAGAACGGGGAAAGAAAAAGAGGAGGCAGCGAGUGUCUGAAUGAAAGGAGAGAUGACUGAGAGAGUGAGGGAACAUAAAGUGGGGAGAAAGUAGGGAAAGGGAGAGAAAAAGCAGUGAUACUAACGAAGGAAAGAAAAGAGAGAAGCACUGUAGGAGGAGGGGGACAAAACAGGGGGGAGUUGUCCCUCUCAGAAGGCGAGGAGAUCGUAAAACGCCCUCCUCCACAGCUGUGAUCAACACAGUCACACACACACACAUUCACACACACUUACAUGACAGUGCUCACAUGCUGCAGCGGUCUCAAGAAUCCACUCUUACUUUGCCCAGUCUGUGGGCCGUGUUUACGCACCCAGUCUGAUAGAGUCGGACAAGAACUCAGUGGGAACAGGCAGGGCAGCGAUGGGCUGGGAGCAUGGAGACUCCCAUUGACUUCUACAAGCACUUCUCCUGGCUCAAAAAGGUGAACCUGUGUUCUCCAGCCAACAAUGAAACCUACCAAGAACGGCUGCUCCGCCUAGAGGGAGACAAGGAGUCUCUGGUGCUACAGGUGAGCGUUCUGACUGACCAGGUGGAGGCCCAGGGAGAGAAGAUCAGAGACCUAGAAAGUUCUCUGGAGGAACACCGGCAGAAACUGGCCUCCACAGAGGAGAUGCUGCAACAGGAGCUGAUGAGCAGGACCUCUCUGGAGACUCAGAAGCUGGAUCUGAUGGACGAGGUGUCGUACCUCAAACUGAAGCUGGUCAGCAUGGAGGAGACGCAGACCAACACACACCCACAAGAUCCUGCGGACACAGAGCAGAACAAAGCUGAGUGUGUGGUAAAUCUCAUCAGUGAGCUCCAGGAGCAGAUGUGCAGGUUUCAGGAGGAGAUCAGCACUCGUAUCCAGGAGAAACGGGCCCUGGAGGAGAGGGAGGCCCAGCAGGGGGAGUCUGAAGGCAGCCAAGCCCAGGGCCACAGCCCUCAGGUCGGGUCAGCUGGCUCAGACCUGAGCCCGUCUGGCUCUGAUCCCAGGAUGCACAAUGGAGGACAGACUGUACACGAUUUGCUACAAGAAGUGAAACAUCUGAAGAGCAGAGUGGAUGAACUGGAGGGAGAGAAGGGCCAGUAUGAGAGGAAACUGAGAGGCACCAAGGCAGAAAUCUCAGAGCUGCAGCAGCUCCUGGCCUCCAAAGAUGCUGAGAUUGAAUGCCUGCAGACCCAGCUGCUAGCCAGAGGUGGUACAGCCAAUGACAACGCAGAGAGAGAGGAGGUGUAUGUCAAGCAGCUGAUUAACAAAUACCAGGAAUACCAGAGGUUGAAAGUGGGGAUGGAGUCUUUGUUAGCCUCAAAUGAUGAAAAGGAUCGACGUAUAGAGGAGCUGACCAUUCUGCUCGGCCAGUACAGAAAGAUGAGGGAGGUCAUGGCACUCACACAAGGGAGUAGUGAAGAGGAGCUGAGUGGCAGUUUAAGACUCCGAGCCAUCACACACAAAGCACACUCUGAUGUCCUCAGGUCAGAGAUGUCAUCAAGAGGGUCUUCUCCACUAAUGUUAUCCUCGUCUCCUUACCAGAGAGAUUUAGACUUGAGUAUCCAGCACUCUAUGGACACGUCGCUGGUGUCCACUGGGGAUACAAGCCUCUUUAAUGGAUCCUGGCACCAGCGCAGGUUGCUGUCUAGCAGCCUUGAAGAGUUACAGAGUGGAUCCUUACAAAAGGCUGUAGAGAUCCAGCCAGUUGAAACUGAAUCAGACGUAGGGGCAGAGAAUCCCCACCUGGAGCUGAGCAAGUACCAGACUCUGCCAGGGAAACGCUGUAAAAAGAGCGAGCUGAGGGCCGAGCUCAAUGGCGACAGAGAGGGAGACGGAGAAUAUUUCUCUCCCGUCCACAGCCACGAGCAGGACUACAGCCUCAUUCGCUGCAGGAGUGCCAGUGCUCCGGCUUUAGGAUCUCCUGGAAAACAUGACCUCUAUGAUGUUGGGCAUCCAGAGAAGCUAGAGGAGUGUGUUCUAUCAGACCAGUCCCCUCUGUCCUCUGGAGUGGACUCUGGACAGCAGUCCCCUGUCUCACCAGAGAACAGGAAAAGUCAAAGAGGCAUUAAGAAACUCUGGGGGAAGAUCCGUCGCAGCCAGUCAGGUAGUCCUGCCCAGGUUCACGACCCCGAGCUGGCGGAGUUCAAGAGGGGUGGCUUCAGAGCUACAGCUGGACCAAGACUGGCCCGUUCAGGGAACACACGAGACUUGAAGAUGCCUCUUUCUAAGUGGAGCGCAGAGCAGGUGUGUGACUGGCUUGAGGAGAUUGGACUCGGUCAGUACGGCAUCCUCGCUCGCCACUGGGUCACCGGCGGUCAGACUCUACUGUCGGCCACCCCGCAAGACCUAGAGAGGGAGCUGGCGAUGAAGAAUCCGCUCCACAGGAAGAAGCUGCAGUUAGCCAUCAAGACGCUCAGCAGCAAGCAGCCUGAGAAGUCCGCAGAGCUCGAUUACGUCUGGGUCACCCGUUGGCUUGAUGACAUCGGCCUUCCGCAGUACAAGGACCAGUUUAAUGACGGAAGAGUGGAUGGGCAGAUGCUGCAGUACCUCACUGUGAAUGACUUGUUAUUCCUUAAAGUGACCAGCCAGCUGCAUCACCUCAGCGUCAAGUGCGCCAUUCAUGUUCUCCAUGUCAACAAGUUCCACCCCAACUGCCUCAAACGCAGGCCAGGCAAUGAGAACCAGUGCACUCCCUCUGAGGUGGUCCAGUGGUCCAACCACAGAGUCAUGGAGUGGCUGAGAUCUGUGGAUCUGGCAGAGUACGCACCAAACCUGAGGGGCAGCGGCGUGCACGGAGGGCUAGUAAUGCUGGAGCCUCGGUUUAACUCGGACACGCUGGCCAUGCUGCUGAACAUCCCUCCUCAGAAAACACUCCUGAGACGCCACCUAACCACCAACUUCAACAGCCUGGUGGGAGCACAAGCUCAGCAUGAGAAGAGGGAGUACACUGAGGCGGCGGGGUACACCCCACUCAGCAUCACAGCUAAAGUCAAGCCGAAGAAGUUGGGCUUCUCUAACUUGACUCACCUCAGGAGGAGACGGCCGGAUGAAUCCACAGAUUACGUCUGUCCAAUCGAGUCGUCCUCGCCUCAGUCGGGACAGUCUGCGGUGAACGGGGUGCAGGUCCGGCCCUACGCCGGCUUCAGAGGCCUGAGUCCCAUCCUGGACCGAGAGUCGGACCGCUCCAGGGACCAGAUGGCGAUCGCAGAGGGUACCAUGUUGCAAAUAGAGGCUCUGUCAGAAAGCAUCAACAACCUCACAUACCUGCUCAGCCGAGACGAGCUACGGAAGGAGAUGAGGCGGUCUCAGACAGCGCUUGUAUGAAGGACAAUGACCAGACGCCGUUGGCUCACUAAUGCUGUCAAUCAACCACAGAGACCUGUAGCAACCAAUCUGGCACCUGCACUGAACCUCAAGCCCCGGCCUAACACUGCAGCGUGGAGUUGUUACAUCUACUUCUACUAGCUGCUGAUACCUCAUGUAACACCCACAGUCACACUGCAGAUACAGCGCACCUACGGACACCAGUGGACACUGUAGAAAACAAUCAAAGGUUGCUUACAAAAAUCUUUUUUUAACUUCUACAAUAAUGAACUAAACUGUUACUCAUUAUCCAUUUGGGGCAUUUCUUUUCUACUGCUUUACUUGUUUCCCUAUGCAAUGUACGCUCUAAUAAUCAUACUGACCACUGUGUACUGUAUAUACUGUAUAUACUGUGCUGGUAUAUGAAAGGGGAGAACAGGAUUACAAUAGCCAUCCUUUGUUUUAUGGCAAUCAUACUAUAUCCUUACAAUAUCCUAAUAGUAUCCUUUCUUCUAAAAAAGAGCCAGAUAGAAUUGGCCCGGAGUACUGACACUGGUGGUGGUGAAAUGACCACAGGGGUGUGAUGAGAGUUCAUCAGGUGUCCAGGGACAGUUUACAGAUCAUUUUGAAAGACAGAAUCAGUGAUACUGUAGCUAAAACAUUGCAUCCAAGAAGUAACCGUUGCAUAAUGAAAAGAAAGUGAAGAGAAGAGAAGAAAGUUAGUCAGGUAUGGUAAUGUAUGAAAUGUGUGAAUGAAAGGAGCUUUAUCAACAUGAGAAAGUGGAAAUCUAUUAACUUCCAUUAGAGGCCAACCAAUACAUCAGUAUGGCCGAUAUUAUCUGCCAAUAAUAGCUUAUCACGGAUAUAUCUUAUUGGCGUACAGGUCAGUCGACAAGUAAAUGGCUGCAUUCACAUAGAGUUUUUAUCUAAUGCACUUUACAAUUCGCUUCCUGUUCCACACUCACUGAUGGCAGCAAACUAUCACGCAUGGUGCUCACCAAAUCAUCGGCACAAUUUGUGGUUCACUGUGUAGCCCAAGGACAGUUCAACACGUACACAGGAGGAGCUGGGGAACAAGCGGCCAACUCUGUGAUCAGUGGACGACCGGCUCUGCCUCCUGAGCUACAGCCACCCCUCAUAGAAAGCAAGCACAUUCCAGAAUUGCCAGAUAUAUUUGAGCUAAUUUAGAAACAGAGUCACCAUUACAUAGUUUGUCCUCCAAAGAGCACCGACAAGUUUACCUUAAAACGUGAGAAGUCCUGCUUUGUGCGUACUUUGGUUACAAUUCUAAAUAAAUAAACUUGAACUGAUCUAUAUUGUUAUAUAAAAAGUGGAUUCAAUGAAUGUGUGUAAUGUGGAAUUGGUUCCCUUAGUAACGAAUGCACAAAGAAUUAUCACUUGACUUCCCCUUUUUCUCCGCUUUUUAGCAUCUUUUAUCUCAUUGUUUUGGUUUUACUGCCUGCAACUUAACCAUUUAGGGUCACUCUCACUAACCUGGCUGUGCCAGAUGGUUUGAUACACAGAACCAUUUGGAAAGAGGUCAUUGGAAACUGUUUGGAAAAGAAAAAACAUUUGAUUGGAUGAACUAUUACCAUCUACCACGGGCGAACUUUAACCAAUCAACAAACCACAUAACGUUGUCAAACUCUUACCAAAGCCAGGCGGGAAACGAGUGAAAAUAUUUUUUCCAUUGAGAAAAGCCUUCAGUGCCAUUUCUGUGCUCUUCUUUCAAAGAACAAAUAACCUCCAGUUCUGAUAUAUAAGUGAUGCAAGCAGCAUCUAUGCUAUGCUAAUCUAUGCGCCCACCCCGUAGCUGCAAGUACUUCCCCAAAGGAUGUUAGUUUGGCCAUAACUGCAUAGAAGCCUGGCAAGAUUGUCCACCCCAAGCAGGCCAAAAAAUGUCUUUACGUAAUUCAAAGAUACAUUUCCAUGUAUUUCCAUUAUGUGUCUAUGUUGAAUAUAUUUUAUAUAUGUGUAUUUUGCAAACUCUAAUUUCCCUGUAUGGUCAACAGUUUUAACAAGAGAAGAAUAUUUUGUCUGGUGUAAGCACAAAUUAUGUUUAAUUUGACCCUGUUCUCCCCAAUUGAGUAUAUGAUCUAGUACAGCACUAUUUUUUGUUAGAAUAACUGCACUGUCCAUUUAGGAAAGACGUAUAAAUCUAAAUCUGCUUUUACAAAGUAUAUGUUUGACUGCACAAAUGACAAGUGUGGCCAUGUAGGGCAGUAGAUGUUGUUAUGUUUGGUUAAUGAAAUAAAAAAAAGAACGUUUCAAUGUCCCAGA